AUACAGAGAAACUUGUCCAUUCAGAGCUCUCUCUCUGCCAUUUUUAAUUUUUUAUUUUAGAGAUUGAAAAAAAAAAAAUGAAAAUGGUGUCAAAUUCGCGCUAUAGUACCUUCUGUAGGACUAUAAAUACGAACCCAUUUUUUCACUUUCCCAUAUUCAAAUCCUCAAUUGCAUACUUUCCCCAUAAUCGUCUUUCGAAACCAUCGUCAACUUUUGGUUUUGGAAAUUCCAGAUUUAAUUCACGUCGAGCAUUGUCUGUUUCUGCUUCGGAGGAAAAAGAUCUAACAUUUACCACAGCACCCAAAAGAAAGUUCUUCAGGAAAGAAAAAGUAAAAGAAGUUAAAAAAAUGACGAUCAAACCGGCAGUUCGGAUCGUCGACGGGAACUUGAUCGUGAAGAACCGGACAAUCUUGACUGGAGUACCGGAUAAUGUGAUAUCAACGUCCGGUUCGGAUUCUGGUCCGGUCGAGGGUGUCUUUGUAGGAGCCGUAUUCGGUUCAGAGAACAGUAGACAAGUAAUUCCAUUGGGUACUUUACGAGAGGUCCGAUUCAUGGCUUGUUUCCGGUUCAAGCUAUGGUGGAUGGCUCAGAAGAUGGGUGACAAAGGUAGCGAGAUUCCACUUGAGACCCAAUUCUUAUUGGUCGAAACCAAAGAAGGGUCUCAUCUAGAACCGGACGGCAGCGACGGCGAUGGCGAGAACCAGAUCGUCUACACCGUUUUCCUACCCUUAGUCGAAGGACCCUUCAGGGCUUGUUUACAAGGCAACCAACAGGACCAACUCGAGCUCUGUUUAGAGAGCGGUGACGUGGAGACCAAAGCGGCUUCGUUUACACACUCGCUCUUCAUCCAUGCCGGAACUGACCCCUUUGCCGCCGUCAGCGAAGCCGUUAAGGCAGUGAAAAUUCACCUCAAGACUUUCCGACAACGGCACGAGAAGAAAAUCCCCGGAAUCGUUGACUAUUUCGGAUGGUGUACUUGGGAUGCUUUCUACCAAGAAGUGACCCAAGAAGGUGUCGAAGCUGGGAUUAAGUCUCUAUCCGAAGGUGGGACACCUCCGAAAUUUGUGAUAAUCGAUGAUGGGUGGCAGUCGGUCGCCGAGGACGUGAAAAACGAGAAUGAAAAUGGGUCAAACGACGUGGAGGAGUUGCCUCGUUUAACUGGAAUCAAAGAAAACUCCAAAUUUCAGAACAAGGAUGAUCCCAGUACUGGGAUCAAGGACAUAGUUGAAAUAGCUAAGAAGAAACAUGGGGUUAAGUACGUUUAUGUAUGGCACGCCAUUACCGGUUACUGGGGUGGCGUUAAGCCUGGUGUGAAGGAGAUGGAAGGGUAUGAUUCAGUCAUGAAGUACCCAAUGGUGUCAAAAGGGGUCGUGGAGAAUGAACCCGUUUGGAAAACUGAUAGGAUGGCUGUUAAGGGUCUUGGACUUGUGAACCCCAAAAAUGUUUACAGGUUUUAUAACGAACUUCAUAGCUAUUUAGCUUCAGCUGGUGUUGAUGGUGUUAAGGUGGAUGUUCAGUGCAUAUUGGAGACCCUUGGAGCAGGAUUGGGAGGUCGAGUUGAGCUUACUCGACAGUACCAUCAAGCUUUGGAUGCUUCGGUGGCUCGAAACUUUCCUGAUAAUGGCAUCAUCGCUUGUAUGAGCCACAACACAGAUGCUCUGUACUGUUCGAAGCAAACGGCAAUAGUGAGAGCCUCAGAUGAUUUCUUUCCACGAGACCCAAUGUCUCACACCAUUCACAUAGCGGCUGUGUCCUAUAACAGUGUCUUCUUGGGUGAGAUAAUGCAGCCUGAUUGGGACAUGUUCCACUCGCUACAUCCAGCCGGAGACUACCACGCCUCUGCCAGAGCCUUAAGUGGUGGCCCCAUUUAUGUUAGUGAUGCGCCUGGGAAACACAACUUCGAGCUUUUAAGGAAGCUUGUUUUACCAGAUGGAUCAAUUCUCAGGCCACUUUUGCCAGGCCGGCCGACCAGGGACUGCUUGUUUUCUGACCCUGCCAGGGACGGAGCCAGCUUGUUGAAAAUAUGGAACAUGAACAAGUAUACCGGAGUACUCGGGGUUUACAAUUGCCAAGGUGCUGCAUGGAGCAGCGCCGAGAGAAAGAACGUGUUCCACCAAACAACAUCAGACGCCAUCACUGGCUAUGUCCGAAGCCGAGAUGUCCACUUCAUUGCUGAUGCUGCAACUGAGCCUGGCUGGAAAGGCGAAUGCGCCAUCUAUUGCUUCAGCUCUGGCGACCUCAUCGCUCUUCCUUACAAUGCUGCCAUGCCCGUCUCUCUUAAAGUCCUCGAGCAUGACAUAUUUACCAUCACUCCCAUCAAAGUUUUAGCUCCUGGAGUUAGUUUUGCUCCUUUGGGACUUGUUAACAUGUACAAUGCUGGUGGGGCCAUCGAAGGAUUGAGAUACGAAGCUAAGAGUGAGGUGCAGAAUGGUGAAGAGGUUGUGGGAUUAGCUCAUAUUGAGGUCAAAGGGUGUGGGAAGUUUGGAGCUUAUUCUUCCGCUAAGCCGAGGAGGUGUUUUGUGGACUCUCAGGUGGUUGAUUUUGUCUAUGAUUCAUCUUCUGGUUUGGUGACUUUAAGCUUAGAUAGUAUGCCAGAGGAGGAUCGUAGAGUUCAUGAUGUUGAGGUUGAGAUAUAAGUGAUUGUUGUAAUAGUAGGCUGGAUUACUAUAUAAGGAGAGGGUAGUAUUGUGCUAAUCUGAUGUAAUUUUUAUAUGAUGAAGAUAGAAUCUAAUAAAUAAACCUUUUAUUCUUCUCAA